AUGGACGCCCAGAAACAGCUCCAGGCGCUCUCGGACGACUUCCAGCAGCUGCAGACUGAGCUCGAAGGCCUCGUCGAUGCUCGCCAGAAGCUGGAGUCGCAGCAGCAGGAAAGCCAGGGAGUGCAGAACGAAUUCGCUCAGUUGGAUGAUGAAUCCAAUAUCUACAAGCUUGUUGGACCGGUCCUAUUGAAGCAGGAGAAAUCCGAUGCCGUCAUGGCUGUCAAUGGCAGACUUGAAUUCAUCGAGAAAGAAAUCAAGCGCAUUGAGAAGGAAAUCAAUGAGAAGCAAGAAACAGCCGACAAGAAGCGUGGAGAGAUUAUCCAAUUCCAGUCGCAAGUCCAACAGCAGCAGGCAGCUGCUUCCGCUUAA